ACGCCCAGCAUGCUGCCUGGAGGGGGGGUGUCGGGUGGGGGGGGUCGGGCCGGGGGCAGGAUGGGCCUGCUCCGGUGGCUGGGCCUCCGGCUGUGGUCCCGCCGCGGGACCCUGGUGUUCGCGCUGCUCUGGUUCGGGUCCUGGUUGUUCCUGAACGGCCUGGUGCUGGUGCACAGGAGCAUCAUGUCCGACUUCUGCACCGACGACAAGAGCAAGAGGAUCCUGCAGAGACUGUGCCUGGAGUUCGGCGACGGCUCGGUGACGGGCGACAUGUGUGAGGACCUGUGCGUGCUCGGCCGGGUGGAGUACAAGCGCUGCCUCUACUACGAGAACGGCAAGAAGGUGAUGGAGGCUCGAUGGAGAGGGAAGAACAUCAUCCUGAAGUCCAAGCUGGAGAACUUCUCCUCCUACGAGCCGCUGGGGAUUCUGGACUACCAGGACGCAGCUGAGGAGCUCUCGCCUCUCGAUGUGGUUUUCUACGCUACUCUCGAAGUACGGAACUCCCUGGGGCUGGCUGAGGAAGACGAGGAUGAGGAAGGAGGAGGAGGAGGAAGUAACAGUUCUCUGGCCAAACUGUGGGGGAAGAAGCUGAAGAACCAAGAGAAGAGUUUCUCCCGAGCUGAGCUGGCGUCGCUGUGGUCGCUGCUGCAGCAGGAGGAGUACACCUUCCUCAGAGUCCUGCAGGACCUCAGCGUCCACGUGGCGAAGGUCCUGGGCUCCUGUGGUCACUUCUACGCGGUGGAGUUCCUGUCGGCCGGUCACGCCUGGGACCAGAACAUCUUCUCCCUGGAGGAGGUCCCCGGGGGGCGUGGUCAGGAGCAGGGCGGCGCCCGGGGCAGGUGGGCGGCCCGGGACAUGGUGCACCGCAUCGCCCUCAGCUUCCUGGACAUGGUCUGGCACUUUGACAACGACUUCACCCACAAGCUGCACCUGUGUGACAUCAAGCCCGAGAACUUCGCCAUCAGGACGGACCUGACGGUGGUGGCGAUCGAUGUGGACAUGGCGUUCUUCGAGCCGAAGAUGAGAGACAUCCUGGAGCAGAACUGCAGCAGCGACGACGACUGCAACUUCUUCGACUGCUCGUCCAGAUGCAUUCUGGGUAAACGCAGGUGCAGCCGCCGGCGCCGCAACAGCAACCUGCAGGUGAUUUGUGAGAAGAUCUUCCGACCCUGGUUUUCUCCGACUCUGCUCGGAGCCAAAGCAGGGCUCCCCCUGCAGGUGGAGCUGCAGCGAGCGGUGCAGGAGUGUUCGGAAACAGACGGAGGUGUGGAGGAGAUAGAAGAGGAUGCAGCAGGAGGAGGAGGAGCAGGAGGAGGAGCAGGAGGCGGCAGAGAUGUCCAUCAGCGUCUCCUCAACAUCCUGACCCGCCUCCUCCAUGAUGGAGGGGCUUCAGGUGAGCGAGGAGGAGCUCAGGAGAAGAAAGAUCACGAGGCUCUGAACUUCUGAGGAGGUGAAAGGAAGGAGGAGGAGAAACAGGUCUUCAUCAGACCUGGACCUGGAGUCUUUGUGUCCUGUGACUUCUGGACUUUUCUCUGAGAUUCUUGUUCUCAGGAAAGAAUCAGAAGCCAACGAGAUGGAGUCUCUACGGAUGUGGACCAUCGCUGAGACACAGUCUGAGGUUCAGGUCCAGAGGUUCUGGACCCGUCAGGAGAUCUCACUCAUGCUCUUGUGUCUGAACCGGAGGAACUUCCUGCUGAAGGUUCUGGAUGUCCUCAGACCUUGUGUCCAUCCAGGAGACCAACACUGCAGGUCUCAUCAGGACCUGGACAGUGGGACCUGACCAGGAGCAGAUCAUGGAUCCUGAUGGUUCCUUCAUGAAACCAGUUUAAACCAGUUAGUCUCAGUGAGAUUCAAUCAACUCUCUCGUUUGAAGAGAAACUGAAAAACAUCUUGUACAUGAAAGUAAAACGAACUCUUAACGACUCCUCUGAGAUUUAACUUCACUGACUUCUUCUCUGUUCUUUACUCAUUGUUUUGUUGUUGUGUAAUAAUCUGAUGUUUUGAAGGCAGGUAACUUAUUCUAAAACUAAUUUUAUAUAAAACAAUACGCAUACAGCUACAGUUAUGAAGAUUCUUUGGUUCUAACAGAAUUUCAUCUCAUUAAAUACAAUAUAUUGAUUUGAGUGAUUUAACAUGAUCCUCCUCAUGAAUGGUGAAUAUGAAGCUACAGCCACAGGUCGUUAGCUUAGCUGAGCAUAAAGACUGGAAACAGGGGGGGCAGUUAGCCUGCAUCAGAAGUUCAAUGACUGAAUCAUUUUAUAUUAUUACUGAACCAGAGAUCAGUAAUAAGCUACUGUACUGAAAUGAUCAUGUUUGUAUUUA